AUGCCUCCCAAGAAGACUGCCUCCGUCGCUGCUGACUCGACCGCUGGCUCCGGUCCGGGCUUCUCUGAGACCGAACAGAAGUUCCUUCAAUCUCUGCACAAGAACAUGCAAGCUCGCCCUACUGUCAACUGGGAUGCCGUCACGGUCGAAAUGGGCUACAAGGACGACAAGAUUGCCCGAGAUCGCUUUUGCCAGAUCUCGAAGAAGUACGGCUGGCGUGCAGACACCCGUGCAGGAGGCAGCAGUGUGCCCGCCACCCCCGGCCACACCGCGGCCCAGAAGACUCCCACCAGUCGUUCUACUCUGAAGAGAAACAAGACUCUUGCGGACGACUCUGACUCCGACGACGAGCCUAUCGCCAAGAAAGUCAAGCUCAGCUUCAAGAAGGCCCAGGAUGUCGAGCAGGAUGUCGAGCAGGAUGUCGAGCAGGAUGUCGAGCAGGGUGUCAAGGACGAUGACGCUUAG